UCCACACGUCUUCCAUUCAUUGCACGCUUAGGCCGGGAAAGAAGACAGAGACACACACAGUCACUCCAACGCACGCUCCAGACGCAGGACCCACGGCCAGUCACUGAAAAGCAGUUUAGAGGGAGGCAGGAAUCUUUGGCCCGUCACAUACGACUACAACCUUGUCCAGUAUGGAGCUUUUUGAGACCAACCCUUACUUCUUCCCUGACCAACGCUUCUAUGAAGGAGGGGACAGCUACUUCCCCUCUCGCCUGCCCGGGGCAUAUGACCAAGCCAGCUACCAGGACAGGAACUCCAUGAUGGGCUUGUGUGGGGGUCUGUCCGGAGGGGCCGGUGUUGGAGUGACAGGUACAGAGGAUAAAGCCUCUCCGUCCAGCCUGUCACCUCACUCUGAGCCCCACUGCCCGGGCCAGUGCCUGCCCUGGGCCUGCAAGCUGUGUAAAAGGAAGACGGUGACCAUGGACCGUCGAAGGGCCGCCACACUGAGGGAGAAGAGACGCCUGAAGAAGGUGAACGAAGCCUUUGACGCUCUGAAGAGGAGCACUCUGAUGAACCCCAACCAAAGGCUGCCCAAGGUGGAGAUUUUACGCAGCGCCAUCCAGUACAUCGAGAGGCUGCAGGCACUGGUGUCCUCCCUCAACCAGCAGGACACUGAGACGGGACAGCAGGGAUUGCACUACCGACCUGGUCCGGCCCAGCCCAGAGUGUCAUCGUCAAGUGAGCCCGGUUCGGGCAGCACUUGCUGCAGCAGCCCGGAGUGGAGCAGCACUCCGGAGCAGUGCCCGCAGAGCUACAGCAGCGAGGAUCUCCUAAGUGCUGCCGACUCCCCAGAGCACGGGAACAUGCGUGCCUUGACUUCCAUUGUGGACGGCAUCACCGCCGCUGAUGGAUCGGUGGCUUUUCCAGUGGACAUUCCCAAGUAGAACCUCAAACCAGUGAAACCGUACAUGCAGGUGAACAGAGAGCCACGAACAAAAGGCAAAGACACAAUUGGCACUAGAGGCUGACAGCCAGUUCUAAUGGAUAACGUAGUUUUUUGUGCAUCUACUGAUUUGAGUGCUUUGUCUUAUGCAAAAAUUUUGACUUUGUUUUGACCGAUUUGUAUUGUAACUGCUGAUCUAAGGGUCUGCUAGCCAAACUGAAUUCCUCCUUUCACACCAAGGCCUCAUUCCCCUUACUUAUCUGCCUUAUCCCGGGGUCCAGUCCUGCCUGUUACGGCUACAGGUGGGUAGUCUAACCAGAGAUUCAAUGACUUUGCUGCAAAAACCCAACAACAACAUAAUUAUUACAAUAGAUCUCUGUUAUGCUUGCCUUCAGACUCACAGAACCACAGAGGAAUGUCAAAUCUUGGCUCUUCUCCUUUCUUAAUUUACUAUUUUCUCUUUCCACAACCUUUCCCUGAGCUUUCAUUGUUUUAGUGUGAGUUUUAAUUCUUAAACGAGACAUGGGUUUAUUUGUGGGGCCAAUAUGUAUCAUGGCAGUUUUGACCAAGAUCUGCUUAAUUUAAACAGGUUAUGAAUGCUAGUGAUGUAAAUACGUUCCCUUUUUCUACAGAGUGAUUUUGCCAUUUUAUUUUAAAUUUUUUGCUAACUUAUUUUUGACUUUUAUAACUAAGAUUGUUGUGUAUUUGUAGAUGUUCCGAAAAGUGAUAUUUUCUGUUCUGUUCUUGCAAUAAAAAC